CGCGAUGGGCGUGUUUGACUGCCCGGUCAUUAUAGGUCGAAAUGCGGGAUUCAGUGCGGUAUGACUGAUCGGGCACGUUCCUGACCACCGUUGCGUCGACGUUUCCCCUCUCGUAAAAUAGCAUUGUAUACAGAAAAUUCGGAAUCGAAUACGUAUAACGAUAUCUUGAAAUUGUCACAAGGAUGCGGAGUAAAGGUUUAGUGGAUGCCGGAACAAAGCAGCACAACCGGAGCUACCAGAGCGUCAUGGAGACUCUCUGGACGCCCUCCUCCUGUCGCAACUUCCAUACUGCUAUGGCACGAUUGCGCCACCUAACCGAGACCCCAACCGAAGCUCACCCCUAUCGCAGCGCCGCCGCGCCAGACGUCGAUAGGCACAUCAUGUCGUUUGGGGAUGAGCUCCAGAUCGCGGAUGGGCUGGCCUUCCUUGCACAUUACAGGGAGGCAACUCAACGCCCUCUGGGUCGAUCAGAAAUAGGUUGAGGGACAUAUUAGGAGUAGUCAGCCAGUAUACUAAGACGAAAGGA